GUUUCCAACAUUUGUGAAAACACGCAAAAUGCCUCAGCUACAUAUUAAUUUUUUUCCAAAAUAAGAGACUAAUACUAAUUUUUACUGCGAUUAAAAAUGGCUGGAAAAAAAUCUAAAGGUGGCAAUGGUAAGAAAAAAGCAUCGAAAGGAUCCAAGAGAUCGGGGGCCAGAAGAAGCGAAGGAGGCUCCCGUUCAAAAUCCCGAUGCCAAAUGGACAUAUUCAACGAAGUUGCAAUGGAGAACGCUUAUUACUUAUGCCAUAAUAUACAGGAUGUUUUGAAAACAAGAGGCUUCCCGUGGCCUGAAGCACAGAAGAAAAAGAAAAAGGGUAAAAAAUAG